AUGAAGACCGGGUUCGUGCUCGUCAUCGGGCUGGUCGCGACCAUUUGGUCAGGAACUCCGGACGACACAGUUGGCCUCACCUCACUGUAUGAGGGAGAUUCCAAGCACGGGGCCAACAUGCAGGGAAGUCUCUUGUUCCAGGCUUUCCACCGGAAAGUCAUGGACACCGGCGUGGAAACUAAAAACAGCAUUGUCUACUCUGCCUGUGUAUGGCUGUUGUGUGCCCUACACCAGACACGGUUUUGGAGGAUCCGCACCGUGUACAAGCUUGUUGGGCACACACACAGCCACUGUGACAGGGUCUUCAGUCGCAUCAAGGCGUCGCUGAUGGGAAAGAGUUACAUCAGCGAAGAUGACAUGAAACAAAUCAUUGUGUCCACCCUUAAGUCCUACAAAAUGGAGUGGGACCACCUGCACGCCUCCCUGGACUUUGAAGCCCUGAAAACUUUGCUGGGAUUGGACAUUCACCACCUGAGAAAUCAAUAUAUCAGUGAUGAACUGUGGAGCCGUCCCCGACUGGUGGUGGCGCCGGAGAACAUUGCGACGGUGGCACAAGCCAGGCCGCCCCAUGUGAAGCACAAGUUCACGGAUGAAGUGAAGGCAAAGUUCAGUGACUUUUGGUCUAAACUUGAAAUCCAGCUGGGCUCGAUGAACCUUUUGGAUGAUCAUGUGCGAGCUGGCAUGGCUUGGCUGAAGCAGGUGACCCAGUUUGACACUGACUUCACAAUGCCAGUUGACAGGAUGUUGGGUGACAUCAUGCAUGGCGGAGCACCGCGUGGAUGUCGCUUGGAGUCUUCCGCGAUUGUCCCUGAUGACAUGCUCCUUCUCAACUGUCCAGGAGCGGACAUGCCUGGGAUGCCUCUGGAGAGUUUGGUGCAGCUCGGCACCGUGGGAGAUUCUGACCCAGCCAUGGAUGCUUCGUGUUGUGUUGGUGAUUUCGUCAUCAUCUUGAAUGACUCGAAGGCGCUCCCCUUUGUCAUGGGCCAGGUGGUGGAUGUCGAUGGUGACUCGGGAAUAGUUCAGUGGUGGCACCCGGGAAAAUCAAAAGAAGCCAACCUCAAAGCUGGUAGAAAGAAGGCGAUCCUGGAUUUGUUUGGUGGAUGGCAGCCCACAACUGACAUUCCUGUUGGCGAACUCGAGCCCUUGCCGCCAUCGGUGGUGAGUCCUGCACGAAUCAGGAUUUGGGGGUUCACCUUGGACUCGGGGGACCAAAUUCCAUUCUCCAUCCUGGAUAAAGUCCAGGGAGAGCUGGAUAUAGACCUGACUGGAUUGAAAAUGUCCAGCACACAGCGGGGAGCCUUGUACCGUGCUCACAGGCUCAUGCGGACGACGGGAUGA